UUAGAAAUCUUUGCUUUAAAUAUACACUCUGACUUUCACUCUCUUAAAUGACCAGCAAAUUAUUUCAGGGGUAGUUGGAAGUAUUUAUUAACUUUCCCUUGUUGCUUUCCUUUCUCACACAAAAAAAAAACAGCAAAAAAAAAAAGAAAAAGCUAGUACUAUGACAUUUUCUACUGCUACUAUCUUAAGCUUAUUAUAUGCACCUCAAUGAAUGAUUUCUCUUUCUCGCGCCAAAUCUUUGCUUUUACCAUUCACCUCUUAACCUAUUCCUUCACCUUCAACCUUGAGUCAAAUAAGAGGGACUCUGCUUUUCCCUCCUUUUCCCUCUGCCAUAUCCUCUCUUUAAUUUCCCCUCUUUUUUGGACUUUUUAAGCACACCCUUUUCCUUUUUCCCUCAAAUAUUUUCUUCCUUCAGUUCACACUUCAAACUUCAAAGACUCCAUUUUUCAUGUCCUAAAAUUUAAUCACCCAUUUUUCUCCCACUCAGCAUUCCUCUGCAUCUCAUCAGCUCAUAGAGAUCAAAUGGAUUCAGUGAGACCAACUCCAGUUCCAACUAAAAGCAAGCUAGCAAAGACAUUUCACAGAGUAAUCCAUGGCAAAAAAUCCUCAAAACCAUUCUCAAAUAAUGGGUUCUGCCUCCUCAUACCUCAAGAAAAGCUCAGGUGUUGUGAGUCCCAACACUUUGACAAAGAAGAAAUUGAAGAGUGCAAAGAACAUUCCAAGAACAAAGCUGUUAUGGAAGCCUUCGUUGCUAAGCUUUUUGCCACAGUUUCCUCUGUUAAAGCUGCUUAUGCUGAGCUUCAGUUAGCUCAGUUCCCUUAUAACAGUGAAGCAAUCCAAGUUGCAGAUCAAGCUGUGGUAAAUGAACUCAAAGCUUUAUCUGAACUCAAACACAGUUACCUCAAAAAACAAAUUGAUUCUUCACCACCCCAUGUAACCCUAAUGCUUGCUGAGAUUCAAGAACAGCAAUCUGUCAUGAAAACUUACGAAAUUACUAUGAAGAAAAUGCAAGGUGAAAUUGAGUCCAAAGGGUACAGCAUAUCUUCUCUCCAAAAUGAGCUACAAGAAACCAUUCAAAACAACAAAUCAUUAGAGAGAAAGCUUAAUGCUAGUGGAUCAUUUUCUAUUCUUGAUAAUGUCAAGUUAUCUGACGUAAACCCUAAAGAUUUUAUCAUGGUUUUGCACUAUGCCAUGAGAUCUAUACGCAACUUUGUCAAGUUCUUGAUUAAAGAAAUGGAGUCUGCUAACUGGGAUAUUGACGCUGCUACAAACUCUAUUCAAAAUGGUGUCACUUUCCACAAGAGUAAUCACAGGGCUUUUGCCUUUGAGUCCUUUGUUUGCAGGGAGAUUUUCAGUGGGUUUAACGAGCCUGCAUUUUCUGUUCAGAACGACGAUUCUUUAUUUUCCGGUGGAACAAAUCGCCGGAGUUUCUUCUUUGAACAGUUCAAGAAGCUGAAAUCUGUGAGUGUAACCCAUUUUCUCAAGCAGAAUCCUUCUUCUCUGUUUGGAAAAUUCUUGAAGGCUAAAUACCUUCAUUUGGUUCAUCCAAAAAUGGAGUUUUCAUUCUCCGGGAACUUGAAUCAGAGGAAGCUUGUGAACUCCGGCGAGUUCCCGGAAACAGAGUUCUUCAAGGUUUUUAGCGAGAUGGGGCGGCGUGUGUGGCUUUUGCAUUGCUUAGCCUUCUCUUUUGAUCAACAAGUUAGCAUUUUUCAAGUGAGGAAGAGCUGUAGAUUUUCUGAGGUUUACAUGGAAAGUGUCACGGACGAGAUUUUUUCAGCUGCCGGCGGCGAGUUCAAAGUGGCAUUCACGGUGGUUCCGGGGUUUAAUGUUGGGAAAACGGUGGUACAAAGUCAGGUAUAUUUAUCUCCGAUCACUCCGCCGGCCAAGCACUAACGGUAAAUAAAUAUUAGUGGAGAUUAAGUAAAGUCAUAUCCUCACUCGCUCCAGCCUCCACGCACCUCCUCAAGUGGUGGAGCUCCGCCAUAGCAUGUAAAUAGUUAGAUCAGCUAUCAACUUUCAUCAAUAAAAUGAGUUGAUCAAACAAUUUACAUGGCACAGUGAGUAAUACUACUAGCUUACUACCCAUGAGGGAGGCGCGUGAGAGUUGGCGCGGGUGGGCUUAAAAGUACGGAUUAUCGUCUCGAAAGUGAUGGGGGGUGCGGUCCAAAGCAGCAAAAGUGGGCUUUUGGGCCCACACGUGAAAGUGGUUCAGGGCUUUCAAAGGAGGGAAAUGAACUGGAUUUUGGAGUAUAGUACAGAAAGAUUGGGCGGUGAGACAAAAGGCGAAGUAGGCUCAGUCAGGUUGUGGGCCCAACAAGCGUAUGUCUUUGUUUCUUUGCUAUCAAAAGUAAGAAGAGCAUGUGGGACCCCUUGUUCUGUGCUUAGAAAAUUGCUAAAUUGUUGUUUAUUCGCAGAUGUACGUUAAAGAAUGAUAGACAUAUGCCUGCAACUUGCAUAUGAGAUUAAUGUGUAUAAAAAAAAAUUAGGUUUAAGUAUUAUAUACAUAAUAUAAAAUAUUAAUAUAUGAUGGUAUCUUUGCGUAGAA